UAAAUAAAUAAAAAUGCUCUUUUAUUUAAAUAAGUCGUCUCAAUGAUUAAAAAUACUGUUAAUGAUAUACCAAAUAAAUGAUUUAAUCGUUAACUCUUUUCGGAAAAGAGAGAUAAUCAAGUAUAGAAAACAUUUAAGAUUCCCGGGUAGAUCCGUGAACUAGCAGACGAAUGGCGCACAUGAACAUAAUAAUUUCAUAAUAUUUGGAAACAAAAAAAAUAUUCUAAGAGGGAAAAUUAAUAAAAAAAUAUAAAUCCUCGCCAGUGGUACUCUAACAGUGUUCCGACAGUUUUUUGAAGAAAGUAUGCAGAUCUCAGAAGUUUGAUGGUUAUCCGGAUCCCUAACCUCAAAACUCGAAAUGGGAAAAAUGUUUGUUUGUUAUUUAUUUAAAUAAAUGGUAUUAUUUCAACGCUAGUUAUGAUUCGAAAAGCCUUGGCGGGGGCAACUUUUGCUCUUGGAAAUUUGAGUGCUUCCAGUCGCCGAGUGAUAAAUAUUAGACCGAGAUUUAUUUCGAAUCUUACGAUCAGUGAAAGAGGCACGGAAAAAGAUGAGGGUUUUUCCUCACCGCUCACUUCUCCCGAAGAGACUCACAAAAAGUUACUCGCCGAGAUGGAAAACCUCGUAAAUAGUCCCGAAAUGGACCUAAACUCGUGCAUGGAAUUUUUACGAAAAUCCACCUAUUUUUACCAACCAAAUCACAAAUACACCUUUCUCAAGGACCUCCAGAGCGAGUUGAGUUUCGAACUGUUGUGCGACAACUUGUGCAAUACAACAAUCCGAAUGACCUAUCCCGUGGCAAUCUACAUUCUCAUCAGAUUGUGCAAACUCGAGAUCAGCAGCAUCAAUCCUCUGAUUGUGAUGCGAUACUGGCAUCGGCACAUCGAUCCAAAUAUCAAAUUUUUAAAGUAUCUGCAAAUCGAGAUGCUGCUCGUGCACGUGCUCGAGCGAAUGGCCAACACUUCCUGGACCGAGUCGAAGAAAAAUCUCCUGGUGCGUCGGCUCCGAACGAAGAUUUUGGUCGAGGAACUUGAGAAGUUGUCGACGAGUUCGAUAAUUAGCGCGAUGAAUUUGAUGCAUACUUUCGGCAUUGUCGAUAUCCGAGUCUCCGAGAUUUUCAUCAAGUCGCUGAUGAGCCAGAAUCCGCCGGAUUGGCUGCAAAUUUUUCGGAUUCUCUGCACGCUCGAUCACAUUCUCCCGGGCUAUGAGCCGAUGCUGGAGGAGGCGAAGAAACAUAUUUAUCAGAAUAUAAUGGAGAUUCCGCUCUGGAGUCUGAUUGAAAUUUUACGGUGCAUCAAGGACAAAGUCUGGCGGGGAUCAUGCUGUGAUUUUUAGACAGGGUGGUUUCCCUGUUGCUGUGAAUUUAAAUAUUAAGUCGAGUGAUAAUCAGGAGAUUUCAUUAAAUAAGCUUUCUCUUCCUCCAGAUAGUCACAUAGUUCUCAUCGCGAGUGUUCCAUACAUCGGUUAUAUACUCAAUACAGGAGAAAUGACCGGACCGUACAAAUUGUACGUAAAAUGUCUGAAAGUAUUAAAAUAUGACACGAUUCUGGUGA